UAGGGUUUUCGUCUUCCGCCCGGGUGGAGGAGGACGGGGGAGCGCGAUGAUCCCGAUCAACAACUUCGAGCAGCAUGCCAGCAAGUUCCUGGACCCAGACUUGUCGAUGCAGCAGCGGCAUCAGCUCGCCACCGAGGUCCGGGACAGCAUCGAGAUCGUCCAGACAUCCGAGUACCUCAAUUUCCUCAAGAACUACUUCCGGGUCUUCUCGUCGCUGCUUCUCAGCACCACCAAGCCCCAGACCAGCGAUUCCAUCGAGCACAAGCUCCGGUUUGUGAUUAUCGAGAUUCUCAACCGGCUGCCGCACAGCGAGGUCAUCCGGCCCUUCGUCUCCGAUCUCUUGAAGCUGUCGAUGCAAGUUCUCGGCACGGACAACGAAGAGAAUGGGCUCAUUUGUAUGCGCAUCAUCUUUGAUCUCCACAAGAACUUCCGCCCGGCGCUGGAGGCGGACGUGCAGCCUUUCCUCGAUUUCGUUUGCAAGGUUUAUCAAAACUUCAAGAGCACCGUAAGCUACUUCUUUGAAGAGACCAACAGUGAUGUCCAAAUUGCUGCUGCUGCCGCUGCCGCCGCCGCCGCGGCUGCUCCACAGAACGUUGGCUUUGUGGGAUCUCAAAGGGGAAGUAUCUCUGGGCAACUGAAUCCAAGUACGCGAUCGUUUAAAAUACUUUCGGAGUGCCCGCUCAUCGUCAUGUACCUCUUCCAAAUCUAUCCGCGAUAUGUUCCGAGCAACAUUCCUGUUCUUCUUCCGCUCAUGGUUAAUGCCAUCGCAGUGCCAGGACCAGCACCACACCAGGUUCAUCCGACGAUGAAGGGUCACUUUGUGGACCUUAAAGCGGGUCAAGUGAAGACAGUAUCUUUUUUGUGCUACUUGCUGAAGAGCUUUGCCGAGUUUAUCCGUCCACAUGAAGAGAGUAUGUCUAGAAGUAUUGUGAACUUGUUAAUCUCGUGUCCUGACUCAGUCACCAUCCGAAAGGAACUUCUAAUCGCUACGCGUCAUGUUUUGGCCACUGAUUUUCAAAGAGGGUUGUUUCCUCUGAUGGACAAGCUAUUAGAUGAAAGAGUUCUUGUAGGAACAGGUCGAGCAUGCUUUGAGGGACUUCGGCCUUUGGCGUACAGUAUACUAGCCGAACUCAUUCACCACGUUAGACUCGAACUGACACUUAAACAGCUUUCUUUGAUUGUAUAUAUGUUUUCAAGAAAUGUGCACGACCCUUCCUUACCGCUAGGUGUACAAACCACCUGCGUUCGUCUUAUGCUUAACCUGGUUGAGACCAUAUACAGUCGUCGUGGUGACCCAAGCAAAGAAGAUGGCAGAAAACUACUGGGACGGAUUCUGGAUGCCUUUGUGAGUAAAUUCUCAACACUCAAACGUUAUGCUUCACAGCUUGAACGUAACGACUUCAGUACCAGAACCAAGCUAGAGCUUCCUGUUCAGGCUGCGUUGAAUCUUCAAACGCCUCAAGAACAUGCGAAAGAUUUUGCGGACUGCAAACAGCUUAUCAAAACAUUAAUAAUGGGAAUGAAAACUCUAAUAUGGAGCAUCACAAAUUUCACAGCCACUCAAGUGUCGAUGCAGCAGCCUCAAGGUGCAGUUGUCAACGCAGGCGGGCCCAAAGGCAUGCGAGAGGACGAGGUUCUAGCCGCUUCGGGGAUCCUUACAACUGGAGUGUUUUGCUUAUCUCUUUACAAAGACAAAGAAGAGGAGAAGGAUAUGUUCACGCACUACACAUCCGUUUUUGGAGUGAUGGAACCCCGGAAUCUCAUGGACCUGUUUUCAAGAUGUAUGCCACGGUUAUUUGAGUACACUCUGGCCAACAACCAGCUCCUUCAGAUAUUCUCAAACCUGCUACAGAACCAGAAGUUGACACGACAUUUUGCGGACGUGUUGAUACAGUUUCUUAUGGGAAAGCUCGAUACUUUAAAGCAGCCGGAUACUCCCCAGGCCAAGCUCGUGCUGCAGCUAUUCAGAUAUCUAUUUGUUGCGGUCGCGAAGUAUCCAAACGACUGCGAGAGGGUUUUACAGCCUCACGUCCUCACCCUUAUGGAAGUAUGCAUGAAGAAUGCUACGGAAGUGGACAAGCCGUUGGGAUAUAUGCAGCUCAUGCGAAUUAUGUUUCGCGCUUUAUCAGGUGGAAAGUUCGAGCUCUUAUUUCGGGAGUUCGUUGCUACGUUACAACCGUGUCUCAAUAUGCUACUGGCUAUGAUCGAAGGACCCACAGGCAUGGAUAUGACUGAUCUUAUAGUGGAGUUAUGCCUGACUAUGCCGGCCCGGUUAAGCUCGCUUCUGCCACACUUACCACGUCUUAUGAAACCUCUGGUACUUGCUUUGAAGGGGAAUGACGACCUUGUUGCGUUGGGUUUCAGAACACUGGAGUACUGGAUUGACAGCCUGAAUCCGGAGUUUCUGGAGCCGAGCAUGGCCAAUGCGAUACCCGACUUGAUACUCACGCUGUGGUCACACCUCCGGCCUAAACCAUACAUAUGGGGUGCCAAGGCGUUGCAGUUACUUGGGAAGCUCGGCGGAAGAAACAGGAGGUUUUUGAAGGAGCCUUUGGCACUAGAAUGCAAGGAAAACCCGGAGCAUGGACUUCGACUGAUUCUGACGUUCGAGCCGAACACUUCGUUUCUUGUGCCUUUGGACCGGUGCAUUUAUUUGGCAAGAGCAGCCGUGAUGCAGUCACACGGCGUGGACACCUUCUAUCGGAAGCAUGCUUUGAAUUUCUUGCGAGUCUGCUUAUCAUCGGUAUUGAAUCUCAAAGGAAAUAUUGGUAAAGAAGGAGUUACGCCAGGCCAGCUUAGUACAAUGCUCAUGACAUCCGUUGAUCCAUCAAAGCGAAGAGCUGAAGUCUCAAAUAUGAAGGUCGAUCUCGGCGUUAAAACAAAAACUCAAUUGGUCGCUGAAAGAAGUAUAUUUAAAGUUCUUCUGACAACAGUUAUAGCCUCUAGCGUGGAGAACGAUCUUCAAGAUCCGAAAGACGACUAUGUGCCAAAUAUCUGCCGCCACUUUGCAAUGCUUUUCCACGUCGAAUCUUGCUCGGGAAACGCUGCUGCCUCGUCGAGCCAAACGGCGGGGGACUUGCCAACAAAAUCUCGGAGUCAUUCGAGCUUGAAAGAACUGGAUCCUCUUAUAUUCCUGGACGCUCUGGUAGCUGUUCUGAUGGACGAGAACAGACAACAUGCCAAGGCCGCUCUUCAGGGCUUAAACGUCUUUGCGGAGGCGCUUCUCAUCUUUGCGAGGGCGAAACACACUGGCGUGCUGAUUCCGAAGGGUGUAAGCACUCCUGGAACGCCGAUGAUGGUCUCAAGCCCGUCAAUGAACCCGGUUUACUCGCCUCCACCGGGUGUACGAGUUCCUGUAUUUGAGCAGCUGCUACCAAGAUUGUUACAUUGCUGCUACGGGAGUACAUGGCAAGCUCAAAUGGGCGGGGUAAUGGGACUUGGUGCUUUGGUGGGAAAGGUUACAGUCGACACUCUUUGCAUCUUCCAAGUUCGUGCAGUGCGUGCUCUGGUGUACGUACUAAAGAAGCUACCGCAGCAUGCAAGUAAGGAACAGGAUGAAGUAAGCCAAGUGCUGACGCAGGUGCUGCGGGUGGUGAACAACGUAGACGAGGCAAACAAUGAGCCUCGGCGUCAAAGCUUUCAGGGUGUUGUGGACGUCCUGGCCGCGGAACUCUUUAAUCCCAACGCGACACAUACUGUCCGAAAGAGUGUCCAGCAGUGCCUUGCACUUCUGGCCAGCAGGACAGGGAGUGAAGUUUCGGAGCUGCUUGAACCGCUACAUCAGCCACUGCUUCAACCUCUGAUUUCUCGACCUCUUCGCACAAAGCACGUUGAACAACAGGUCGGAACUGUGAUGGCUUUAAACUUCUGCCUGGCCUUGCGGCCGCCUCUUCUUAAAAUGACUCCGGAACUUGUCACACUCUUGACGGACGCUCUUCAAAUUGCGGAAGCUGACGAAGCUGUACUGAUUGGAAAGUUCAUGAGUCCGAAAAUGGCAAACACCCUGACCAAGCUUCGAACAGUUUGCAUUGAGUUGCUAUGCACUGCUAUGGCCUGGGCGGAUUUCAAAACUGCAGCUCAUAAUGAGCUGCGGUCACGGAUCAUAGCUAUGUUCUUCAAAUCCCUGACCUGUAGAACACCAGAGAUAGUUGCAGUAGCCAAGGAAGGUCUUCGUCAGGUUAUUCAGCAACAAAAACUGCCAAAGGAGCUCUUGCAAAGUAGCCUGCGACCGAUUCUUGUGAAUCUGGCAUCGUAUAAGCAUCUGACGAUUCCCUUGCUUCAAGGGCUUGCUCGACUGUUGGAGCUGCUUUCUAAUUGGUUCAACGUGACACUCGGUGGUAAACUCAUGGAACACCUGAAGAAGUGGCUAGAGCCGGAAAAGCUUGCUGGAACAGUAAAGUCCUGGAAGCCCGGGGAGGAAGCGAAGGUCGCUGCGGCCAUAAUAGAGCUGUUUCAUCUGCUUCCUCCGGCCGCCAACAAGUUUCUUGAUGAGCUUUUUCAACUAACCAUACAUUUGGAGGCGGCAUUCCCUCCAGGGCAAGUGUACAGUGAGUUGAAUAGCCCAUACAGGCUACCUAUCACAAGGUUUUUGAACCGCUAUGCGACAGAAUCAGUAGAUUACUUUCUGGCACGCCUUUCGGAGCCAGCUUAUUUUAGAAGAUUUUCCGACGUUAUAAAGUCAGAUGAGGGGCAACCCCUUCGUGAGGAGUUGGCGAAGUCACCGGGCAAGAUCAUCGAGUGUGCUUUUACUGUAGUUCAACCAUCAACCGAAGAAGCAGAUCCAGGUUCAACAGCUAGUGGUGCUGACGGAUCGGUACCUCCGCCGCCUUCUACGACGUCAGAGUCCCUGUUUCAAGGUGUUGCCUUGGUAGCUACUUUGGUCAAGCUCAUACCGGACUGGCUGCACGAAAAUCAGACCGUGUUUGAAGCCUUAGUUCGGCUGUGGCAAUCGCCCGCAAGGCAGGAACGACUAAAGAACGAGCUAAAUUUGACUCUGGUGCAAGUGAAGGAGAGCAAGCGGCUAGUCAAAUGCUUUCUGAAUUAUGUGAGACACGAUAAAGCGGAGGUUGAUAUUCUUUUCGAAAUGCUGUCCAUAUUUUUGGUCCGAACUCGUGUUGAUUAUACCUUCUUGAAAGAAUUCUACAUGAUCGAGGUCGGUGAAGGAUAUACACCCCAGGAGAAAAAAGCUGUUCUGCAACGUUUUCUUCAAAUAUUCCAGUCGAAGUCGUUGAAGCAAGAGUCCUUGGUGGUCGCCAUGCAAAUGCUUAUUCUUCCCAUGCUAACUCAUUCGUUUCAAAACAAUCAAAGUGCCGACGUUGUCGACCAGCCUAUCAUCAAGACUAUUGUGGACAAGCUGUUGGAUCCUCCCGAAGAGGUCAGCGCUGAAUACGAUGAGCCUCUUAGGAUAGAACUCCUGCAGCUGGCGACGUUGUUGCUGAAGUAUCUCCCCCACGAACUCGUGACACAUCGUAAGGAACUUAUCAAGUUUGGCUGGAAUCAUUUAAAGCGCGAAGACAGUGCAAGCAAGCAAUGGGCUUUUGUGAAUGUUUGCCGUUUUCUCGAUGCAUAUCAGGCUCCAGAAAAGAUUAUCCUUCAGGUUUUUGUUGCACUAUUGCGGACCUGCCAACCGGAGAACAGAAAUUUGGCAAGACAGGCGCUUGAUAUUUUGAUGCCAGCUCUUCCUCGCAGACUUCCCUUGGGUGAACAGAAGAUACCUAUAUGGAUACGUUACACUAAGAAGAUUCUUGUUGAGGAAGGCCACUCGGUACCAAAUCUUAUUCACAUCUUCCAGCUAAUAGUUCGACACUCGGACCUGUUCUACACUUGCCGGGCGCAGUUUGUACCUCAGAUGGUGAACUCCCUGAGCCGCCUUGGGCUCCCUGGAAAUCUUCCGAUGGAAAACCGCAGGCUGGCUAUUGACCUUGCUGGACUCGUGGUAUCAUGGGAAAAACGACGGCAGGGAGAAGCAAAGGCGGUUAUGGAAGGAGAUCAACCUUUAUCUACAGAUGGUGCGUCAUUCUCGUUAGCAGCUACGGACGUAGGAGUUGGCUCAAAGAGACCACCGGAACUACUGUCUUCGGACGAGACCAAGAGAGUAAAGAGUGAGCCAUCACUUUCUGGGAUGUCACCUGGUCUGGGAUCAAGUACUCCUUCAAUACCGAACGUUGGCACGCCAAAUUCAAUGGGUCAGCCGGAUGAGGAGUUUAAGCCGAACGCUGCAAUGGAAGAAAUGAUCAUCAACUUCUUGAUAAGGGUGUCGCUGGUGAUGGAUCCGAAGGAUAAGGAAAUGGCAGCGAUGUAUAAGCAAGCAUUGGACCUCCUUACGCAAGCACUGGAAGUGUGGCCUGGUGCAAAUGUGAAGUUUAACUACCUGGAGAAGUUACUGAGCAGCGCUUUACCUCAGACCACAAAGGAUCCGUCUACCGCUCUUGUGCAAGGACUUGAUGUGAUGAGUAAAGUCUUGGAAAAGCAGCCUCAACUUUUUAUUCGGAACAACGUACAACAGAUCAUUCAAGUUUUGGAUCCGUCCUUCAAUAGCAAACUCGCUGAUGUUGGAAGGUCAAUCUGUAAUGUUUUGAAGCUGGUGUUCAACGCCUUCCCCUCUGAUUCCCUCAGUAACCCACAAGAUGUAAGGCUUCUGCAUCAGAAGGUGGAAGAGCUGUUACAAAAGCACUUACAAGCUGUAACUGCGACCCCGUCUACUCUUGAACCUCGCUCUGCAAACGUUACUAUCAGUUUCUUAUUGGCAUUGCUCAAUACGCUCAGUGAAGGAAACCGAAGUUACUUGGACCGCUACUUGACUCACAUAGUUCGCGUGUUUCAGCGUCUCGCACGGGACAUGACCAACAGCUCGGGUGCACUUGCCCGACAGGGUCAUCGAGUCGAUCAAGAGGCUGCGGCAGGCAUGAACGUCAGCAACGUUCGCUCUCUUUUAAAGCUUAUCAGUGGCAGAGUUCUGCUAGUACCUGAGUGCAAACGACUUUGCUCACAGACGAUUCAUAUGAUUCUGUCUGAGAAAGGAACGGAUCCAAGCGUACUUCUUACCAUCCUCGACGUUAUUAUUGAGUGGAUAGAGAACGACUUUCGAGCCUCUGGUUCCGGUGCGUCCGUGGGGGUGUUGAACACGAAGGAUGUCCUGACUUUCCUACAGCGUCUUGCUCAAGCCGAGAAAAAUAUGACUGGUUCUGCUUUAGACGAAUGGGAUUCGAAGUUUUUAGCGUUGCUAUAUCGGUUAUGUUCGGACGCAUCCAAGUAUCCACUGUCUGUGAGGCACGAGAUUUUCGUAAAAGUUGAGAAGCAGUUUUUAUUGGGACUAAGGGCCAGAGAUCCGGACAUGCGGCAGAAAUUUUUCUUACUCUACCACGAAUCUAUUGCGAAGACGCUUUUCACACGCUUGCAGUACAUUAUUCAGAAUCAGGAAUGGGAAGCAUUAAGCGACGUGUUCUGGCUAAAGCAAGGCUUGGACCUUCUACUGGCUAUUCUUGUGGAGAACGAUCCAAUCACGCUUGCUCCCAAUGCCGCACAAGUACCUCCGCUUAUGCCGUCCGGAGGAGUUCCCGACAGGCCUGGAAUGCAGCAACAGGCUGACACACCAGAUGAAGCGCCUCUCUCUUUUAUAGGCAUCGUGAACAAGCAUGCAAAGUUUUUGACGGAGAAUAAACUUCAGGUGGAGGAUCUUAUUGUCUCUUUACGGGAACUUGCAAAUACCGAUUCACAUGUGGCGUAUCAUAUGUGGGUUCUGGUCUUCCCGAUAGUCUGGGCCACCUUGCUGAAGGACGAGCAAGUGAUGCUAGCAAAGCCUAUGAUUACUUUUCUCUCCAAAGACUACCAUAGCAAGCAGCUGGAUAAGAGGCCAAACGUGAUACAGGCACUGUUGGAAGGGCUGUCUUUGAGUCAACCGCAGCCAAAGAUUCCAAGCGAGCUUAUCAGAUUCUUGGGAAAGACGUACAACGCGUGGCAUAUUGCGAUAUCUUUGCUCGAGAGUCACGUCAUGUUGUUCCCGACAGAAUCUCGCUGCUUCGACGCUUUGGCUGAACUCUACAGAAUGCUCGACGAAGAAGACGUUCGUUAUGGCUUGUGGAAAAGGCGGACGAUUACCAACGACACCAAAGCGGGAUUGUCUCUAGUUCAGCAUGGGUUGUGGCAGAGGGCACAGGAUCUCUUUUACCAGGCUAUGAGCAAGGCAACUCAGGGAUCUUACAGCAAUUCCGUCUCCAAAGCUGAGAUGUGUCUCUGGGAGGAGCAGUGGAUAUCCUGCGCUCGGAGACUUAAUCAGUGGGACAUCCUCGCAGACUUUGGUAAAAGUGUUGAGAACUACGAGAUUCUCCUCGACUGCCUUUGGAAGUCUCCAGAUUGGGCGCAUCUUAAAGACGUUUUGCCGAAGGCGCAGGUGGAAGAAACACCUAAGCUGCGGAUGGUUCAAACUUAUGUCGCACUUCAUGAAGGCAGCAUGAACGGUGUGACUGAGGCGGAUAUGAGAGUCGUUCAGGGUGUGGAUCUUGCACUCCAGAACUGGUGGCAAUUACCUGAGAUGUCAGUUCAGUCGCACGUUCCACUAUUACAGCAGUUUCAGCAACUGGUCGAGCUCCAGGAAUCAACAAGAAUACUACUAGAACUGGGAAACGCAAACAAGCAACAACCGGCAGGGUCCGGACAGCUGCAAGGAGGUGCAGGCAUGUAUGCGGAUCUUAAAGACAUUUUAGAAACUUGGAGGCUCAGGAUUCCGAACGAUUGGGACGAGUUAACGGUCUGGAAUGAUUUGAUGAUAUGGAGGAAUCACAUGUACAAUCUUGUGAUCAACGCGUUCAAGGCGCUGCAAGAGACAAAUCCGCAGUUACACCAGCUUGGUUUCAGAGACAAAGCUUGGAGCGUCAACAAACUUGCAUACGUUGCUCGGAAACAAGGUUUGCACGAAGUCUGCGUUACUGUUUUGAACAAAAUGUACGGCUUCCUUACUAUGGAAGUUCAGGAAGCGUUCGUUAAAAUAAGAGAACAAGCGAAGGCAUACCUUGACAUGAAAGGCGAACUAAUCACUGGACUUAAUCUGAUCAACACAACGAAUUUGGAGUAUUUUCCGAAUCAACACAAGGCUGAAAUCUUCCGCUUGAAAGGAGAGUUUUUGCAGAAGAUGAAUGACAGUGAGACCGCCAACCAGGUUUUCUCUACGGCCAUUUCUUUGUUCAAGCAUCUUCCAAAGGGAUGGAUAAGCUGGGGAAAUCAUUGCGAUCAGGUUUACAAAGAAACCGGCGAAGACUUGUGGCUGGAGUACGCAGUGAGCUGUUUCUUGCAAGGUAUCAAGUAUGGAAGCUCGUAUGGUCGGAGCUAUCUUGCCAGGGUGCUUUAUCUGCUGAGCUUCGAUAACCAAAAUGGAACCGUCGGUAAAGCAUUCGAAAAGUACGGGGACCAGAUAACUCACUGGGUCUGGAUUCCGUGGAUACCUCAGCUUCUACUUUCUCUGGAGAGACCCGAGGCAUCGCAUUGCAAGAAUGUUCUGUCGAAGCUGGUCGCACUUUUUCCGCAGGCCUUGUACUAUUGGCUUCGGACUCAUCUCUUGGAACGUAGAGACAUUGCGACGAAGUCGGAUGCUGUGAAAGGGUCACAAACACGUGCUCAAGCUGCUGUAGCUGCGGUUGCUGCUAAUCCGGACGCGUCUGGUACUACUACUAAUUCUGAAGGCCCCCAAGGCUCGCAGACCCCCGCGCCGCAACCUCAAAAUGGAAGUGCUGAUACGACACCGCAAGAAGCUGGAGGGUCCGACGGUAAUGCAACUGCGUCUGCAGAUACUUCACAGUCAACAAACGCCGCUGACCAGCUUGCCAUGCUACGUCGAAGCCACUGGGCCACGGCUGUCAGCUCAUUUGAAGCUGCAAGGGAGAUCAUGGACAUGCUGAGGCUAAAACACAACAAUCUCGCGGCGGAGAUGGAGGUUAUGUUAACCGAAGUCGGAGCACGUUUUGUUCCUUUGCCAGAGGAAAGAUUGCUAGCAGUUGUUCACGCCUUGCUUCAUCGCUGCUACAAAUUUCCCACUGCGACCACCUCUGAAGUCCCUCCGUCCCUGAAGAAAGAGCUUGCUGGCGUUUGCAAAGCUUGCUUUUCGUCUGAUACCGUGGCAAAGCACACGGACUUCGUCAACGAGUACAAAAGAGGUUUUGAACGCGACCUUGAUCCAGAAAGCACAGGAACAUUUCCGGCCACUCUAGCCGAGCUGACUGACCGCUUGAAGCAUUGGAAGAGUGUCCUCCAGUCCAAUGUUGAGGAUAGACUUCCAGCGGUAUUGAAGCUUGAGGAAGAGAGCAGACAACUUAGAGAGUUCCACGUCUUGGACAUUGAAGUUCCAGGACAGUAUUUCAACGAUAAGGAAGUAGCACCUGAUCAUACAGUGAAGCUAGACAGGAUUGGAGCGGACGUUCCGAUUGUUCGUAGACAUGGAAGCAGUCACCGAAGGCUAACUAUGAUCGGAAGUGACGGCUCUCAGCGACAUUUCCUAGUGCAGACGUCUCUGACCCCGAGCGCGAGAAGCGACGAGCGGAUGGUGCAGCUAUUCAGGGUUUUAAAUCGACUCUUUGACAAGCACAAAGAGUCAAGGCGCAGGCAUCUGGCAUUCCAUACGCCCAUCAUCGUCCCUGUUUGGCCUCAGGUCCGAUUGGUGGAGGAGGAUCUUAUGUACAGCACCUUUGGCGAGGUGUAUGAGAUCAACUGUGCGAGAUAUGGACGCGAAGCCGAUGUUCCUAUCACGCAUUUCAAGGAGCACUUGAACCAGACCAUCACAGGACAGAUGAGCCCAGAAGCCGUGCUGGAGCUUCGGCUAAACACGUACAAUGAGAUCAUCACCUCGCUUGUCAACGAGAACGUCUUCUCGCAGUUUAUGUACAAGACACUUCCGAGCUCCAACCAUCUGUGGACGUUCAAGAAGCAGUUUGCUGUCCAGUUGGCCUUGUCUGGCUUCAUGUCCUACAUGCUGCAAAUAGGUGGCCGGUCUCCAAACAAGAUCCUAUUUGCAAAGAACACGGGCAAGGUUUUCCAGAAUGACUUCCAUCCCGCCUACGACAUCAAUGGCAUGAUCGAGUUUGCUGAGCCGGUUCCAUUCAGGCUCACUCGCAACCUGCAGACUUUCUUUACUCCCUUUGGAGUCGAGGGCCUUUUCGUGUCCGCAAUGUGUGCGGCAGCACAGUCGGUGACAGCACCCAAGAACCAACACCUUCAAAACCACCUGGCGAUGUUCUUCAGGGACGAACUUAUUUCCUGGUCGUGGCGCCGUCCACCGGGAAUGCCCAACGCUGCUGUGGGUGGCAUCUCCCCCACGGAGCUCAAGCAGAAGGUGACCGCAAACGUGGACCAGGUGCUCGCUCGCGUCAAGGGCAUCGCUCCACAAACAUACCCCGAAGAGGACGAGAAUUCCAGCGAGCCACCUGUGUCUGUGCAAGCAGCAGUGGCAGAGCUUGUGGAAGCAGCGUUGCGGCCAAAGAACUUGUGUAUGAUGGAUCCUACUUGGCAUCCCUGGUUCUAAGCGAAUUUUACAUAGAAUUUCACUUGUAUAUGCUCACAUCCUCCUAGGUUGAUGUUGUCUAAUUCCAUGUGCUAAUCAUAUCCUGCAAAAAAGAAUUUGUUUUCGGUUUUAUAACGAAUUCUGGUU